UUAAAAAUCAAAUCGACAGAGGUCGUAUGCGCGGCGCGGCUAGCAAACAGGGUGUACACUGUCAGUGUCAGUACUGAACUUGACUUCGUGGUCGACGUGUCCAGUUGCUGUGGUCAAAGAACGGAAAAAGAUUUUGCUUGGGACAAUACAGAGCGUCACCAUUAUGUAUCGGUUGUGCAGGACAGGUCUUCGUCUGCAGACAUUGAAAAAAGAAGGGUGUGCUGUUUGCAUUGUACCACAACACAGGAGUUUUAGUGUCAGCCCUCAAAAUGCCAAGGUACCACCAUCCAUGCCGGCAACAGCCUCAAUGCCCGACACAGACUUCAAGCCUGCAGAAUACAAGGGUAUGUCUUACGAGGAGGCACGAAAGGUACGGACUUCCACCAUUAACCCAGCUAUUCUGGAGUACUACAAGCAGCCGAUCAUGCUCCAUCAGGGCCACAUGCAGUGGCUGUUUGACCAGAAUGGCAAACGCUACUUAGACCUCUUUGCCGGCAUUGUGACGGUCAGUGUUGGCCACUGCCACCCGAAAGUGAACAAGGCCUUGCAUGAGCAGAUUGACAAAAUCUGGCACACCACCAAUGUCUACAUGAUUCCUGCCAUCUACGAGUACGCCGAGAUGCUGACCUCCAAAAUGCCUGGCAACCUCAAGAAUGUCUACUUUGUUAACAGCGGGACGGAGGCCAAUGACCUAGCAGUAAAUUUGGCACGUCUACACACUGGUGCCUAUGACAUAGUGAGCCUGAGGAAUGCCUACCAUGGCAUCAGCCCCACCUUGCUAGGCUUGACUUGCCUGGGCAACUGGCUGUAUGAUAUCCCAGGAGGCUUCGGCUAUCACAACGCCAUCAACCCCGACCCGUUCCGGGGGCCGUGGGGCGGGAAGAAUUGCCGCGACUCUCCUGUGCAGACCAUCAGGCAAUGUGAUUGUGCAGCUGGGCAGUGCCAUGCGAAGGAUAUGUACAUUGACCAGUUGAAGGACCUCCUUCGGUACGAGACACCCAAGAAAAUCGCUGGCAUGUUUGCUGAGAGCAUCCAGGGAGUCGGUGGUGCAGUCCAGUUCCCAAAGGGUUACCUAAAGGAAGCAUUUGAACUGAUCCGGGAGAAGGGGGGAGUCUGCAUAUCUGAUGAGGUGCAGACAGGCUUUGGUCGGACCGGGGAACAUUACUGGGGUUUUGAGGCCCAAGGGGUCCUCCCUGACAUCGUUACUCUCGCAAAGGGCAUCGGUAAUGGUUUCCCCCUUGCUGCUGUUGUUACCACACCAGAUAUUGCCGCAUCACUGACCAGGGCCCUGCACAUCAGCACGUACGGUGGAGGUCCACUUGCUGGGGCUGUUGGGAAGGCCGUCUUGGAGGUCAUUGAGGAGGAGGGUACACAGGCAAACUGCAAGGAGGUUGGCACCUACACGUUGUUGGAGUUGGCCAAGCUGCGAGAUGAUUUUGAAAUCGUUGGGGACGUGCGAGGCAAAGGACUCAUGAUCGGAGUUGAAAUGGUCACAGACAAGGAAUCCAGAAGGCCGCUUCCCCCUGAACAAAUGGGAGCGAUAUGGGAAGACAUGAAGGAGAUGGGUGUCCUCAUUGGAAAAGGAGGAAUCCAUGGAAACGUUUUCCGCAUCAAGCCUCCCAUGAUUGUGACCAAGGAAGACAUGGAUUUUGGCCUGUCCAUCCUGAAGAAGGCACUUCAGAACCACAUGGAAAGGCAUUCUUGAUGGGUCUGUACUCACCAGAACAGUGGCGUUGGUAAUGAUGCCAAGAUCAUUAUCACUCCUGUUAUAUAUUCCCGUAAAUCAUUCCUAAUUAGCAUCUGAGAGCCAACAUGUUGACUCAAGGCAGCCCAAUGGCAAAAGUAAGAGUGAUUCAUUCCUAAAUUGCCCAUAAAUUUGAUACGACUAUUUCCUGUGAUCAUGUAUUUUCUCCCAUUGUUUAAUAGUCUGGUUUCUGGAUCCUCCAAUUUCAACAGAGAGUUUCGCAUGUUUCACGAAAUCAGGCUUUACUUUCAUGAUCAGAUAUUGAUUGGAUUGGGUAUUCAGGAUGGUUUCAAUACAUUUGCUGUAAAAGAAGCAUUGUACUACAUAUAAGAAACAAUUUUAUAUACAAUUUUGGAUUAACCAAGACAUAUUGUCAGCAUUUGUUUUUAAUCUGCAUCAUGUGAAAAUAUUUAAUCACUGCUCAAAGAAUUAUUGAAUAAUUAUUGAAUAUAUGCGUUAUUUUCAAUGUUUUAAUGUGAGGAUAAUUACAAUUAUACACAUAGAGUCAAAAGACAUGGCUGACUUAAUAUUCUACAUUUUUUAAACGGGUGGCUUUGAAGACAUUUUCAUAAUAACCAUUUUCAGAUAACUUUUUUUUUACUAAUUGAAAGUCUUUCAUUGGGUUAUACACAAGGUCAGGGGACAGGUUAUGUCGGUAUUAAGUAGCUUUGGAACUCGAUUUGGUUCUUUGGUUACAAAAGAGAUACUGUAUUUUUUCUAGAAUUCUUCCUUGUUUCAUUCAGGCUCUUGGUCUAAAUCACUUGUGCUGUUGUCAAAGUUUUAUCUUUUGCCAAUUUUUGUUUUUAAAUUACUGCCUGUAGAGAUAGACAAGUUACAAAUUAUGACAUACAAAAAUUGUAUUUUUAUGGUUAAAUCGGACAGCUGUGGUCCAAUUAUUAUACA